AUGGCGGAAGUGCCCGAAACCAAUCCCCCACCGCCGGACCCUCCAAUCCCCUCCGCACCGGACGUCGCAGAGGAAACGGCUCCGCCGGCUACAGCAACUGCAUCGCAGCCGAGCACCGACAUCGUCGCCCCUCCGGCGUUAGCUCCGAAGCGGCAACGCCGUCCGAGUGUCCGUCUUGGAGAGAUUGGAGACCAACGCGCCGCCGUACGCCGCCGUACACGGCUCGAAAUACAAACAGAACAACAACAAAAUACAACGAAAAUAUUAAAAGUUUCGUACCCGAGGUUAAGGAAAAACAAAAAACGGUUGAAUGUAGAUUGCCAUGCGUCACACAGAGAAGAGAAGGAGAAAUUAGCAUAUACUGUAAAUUGA